UCCGCCGCCAAGGACCAAGAGUAAAUUUAGCUCCGCCUCAGUUAGAUCUACAUGAGCCUCAUCUUGAUCCGUAUCGGGCACCUAUUCAACCUCACUCCCGCAUGAGAAUCUUACAAAGAAUAAUCGAGCCUUUUCGUCCACAGGCUCGCAAAAUGACAACAAUCGCCUCAUUAAAGCGGCUUUCAGCCAAAUCCCUCUCUGAGAAGAUCCUCGAGGAAGUCAAUGCCACAGAUCCCACAUUCGCUGUUAUCGAUGUUCGUGAUAAUGAUUACAUUGGUGGACAUAUCAAGGGCUCAACAAAUAUCCCCGCACAUACUCUCGACGCCAUGAUGCCAACUCUAGUCCGUCGCCUCAAAGACAAAAAGACAGUUGUUUUUCACUGCGCACUCAGUCAACAGCGGGGUCCGAGUGCGGCACUAAAGUAUGUGCGUGAGCGGGAUGGUCUUUUGAAGUCUAUGGGCGAAGAUCCCAAGGGAGAGAGCGGUCAAGAUGUGUUCGUGCUGGAUAGGGGAUUCUCAGGAUGGCAAGAGGUUUACGGAGAGGAUGAAAGAUUGACGGAGGGAUACGUUAAGGAUUUGUGGGACAAUUAUUAAUUCAUUCAGAGCUAGAGUUGAGUCUUCCGAUAGAACCCCUACUUCCAUCUCAUGCUUCCCACUGUGUUUUGACCAAGACUUUUCGAGAGACUAGACCAGGCUAAGAGAGUGAUAUCACCCA